AUGAGACAGUUAAGAGCCGCAACGCGGCUCUGGACUGUCACGCCGCGGGCGUCGACGGCGGGCUUACCUCGCUUCGCCGCGGUGCAGAUCCUGGGUCGAACCCCGCGAUCGCUGGCCAGUUCAGUGGCCCUUCCUCGCCAGAUCCGGGGUUUCAAGACGUCUUCACCCGCCGCUGCCGCCGCCAAGACCGCGAAGGACAAGAAGGACAAGGAGCCCGCAAAGAAGAUUGACAUGACCCAGUUUCCUCCUGAGCGCAUCAGCCGACCGUCUGCUCCAGGUGAGCUGUUUCAGAGAAGGUCAGCUGACAGAAAGAUGACGAACACUGUGCCAGCCGAGGCGUCGCCGCAGUUCCUUGACAAGCUCAAGGUCGAGCGCGAGCGCGGCAUCACGGUUAAAGCGCAGACGGUAUCGAUCAUCCUGACGCACACGGACGGGAAGAAGUAUCUUGUCAACCUGAUCGACACGCCGGGUCACGUCGACUUCAGUUACGAGGUGUCUCGCUCUCUCGGUGCUUGUGAGGGCGGCCUCCUGCUCGUUGACAGCACGCAAGGUAUCCAGGCGCAGACGCUCAGCGUGUUCCAUGUCGCCGAGGAAGCCAAGCUCAAACUCCUUCCCAUCAUCAACAAGGUCGAUCUGCCGCAUGCGUACCCCGAGGAGACGAGUGAGGAAAUUGAGAGCUCCCUUGGCCUUCCCGCCGAGGACCACAUGCACAUCUCGGCCAAGAGCGGUCUUGGCGUAGAGCAGGUCCUCCACAACAUCAUCGACAAGCUUCCCUACGAUCGCUUCCGCGGUGUCGUGUCUCUCGUGCGCAUCGUCUCCGGCUCGCUGAAGAAGGGAGACAAGGUGUCCUUCCUCCAGGCUGGCAAGAAGUACGACGUGCUCGAGGUCGGUAUUCAGAACCCCGACGAGGUGCCCGUUGAGUCGCUCCGCGAGGGACAGGUCGGCUACGUCGUGUGCAACAUGAAGAACUCAGCCGAGGCGCAUAUUGGCGACACGGUCUGUCUUGCUUCGCAGAAGGUCGAGCCCCUGCCCGGCUUCAAACCGAUGAAGGCGAUGGUCUUUGCGGGUGUCUUCCCUGUCGACAGUGCCGAGUUCCCGCUGCUCGAGGAGUCGAUCGAGCGCUUGACGCUGAACGACCGUUCGGUCACGAUCGAGAAGGAGACAUCGGCGGCGCUCGGACAGGGCUUUCGCCUAGGCUUCCUCGGCACGCUGCACAUGGACGUCUUCCGCCAGCGUCUCGAGGACGAGUACGCCUCCAAUGUCAUUGUUACUGCCCCAACCGUACCGUACAAGGUCGUAUACACCUACGGCAAGGAGGAGUAUGUCUCGAACCCAGCCGACUUCCCGGAGACGACGGACACGAAGACUCGCGUCGCGCACGUCGAGGAGCCGUACGUCAACGCUACCAUCUUUGUGCCUUCCGAGUACAUUGGUGACAUGUUCGAGCUUUGCGCGAAGUACCGCGGAAAUCAGCUCGAGUAUCGUCACCUAGACGGCAGCGAUCGAGUUCUUCUCCGUUACGAGUUCCCGCUGUCUGAGAUCGUUACCGACUUUUUCUCCGACCUGAAGAGCGCCUCAUCUGGAUUCGCCUCGUUCGACUACGAGGAGGCAGGAUACAAGCAGUCCAAGCUCGUUAAGCUCAACAUGCUCCUGAACUCCAAGCCCGUGGAUGCUCUCGCGAUGAUUGUGCACAAGGACGACGCGCAAAGGAUCGGAAAGGCAUGGGUCGCGAAGCUGAGGGAGGAGAUGCCUCGUCAGCUUUUCGAGCUCGCCAUUCAGGCUGCGGUGGGCAGCAAGAUUGUCGCGCGUGCCAGUCUGUCCGCCAUGCGCAAAGAUGUCACGGCGGGCCUGUACGGUGGUCACUACGAGCGAAAGCUCAAGCACCUGAAUAAGCAGAAGGAGGGCAAGAAACGCCUGAAGAAGCUCGCCGGCAACAUCGAGGUACCGCAGACGGCGUUCUACAAUGUGCUCUCGCAGCGGCCGAGGACGUACGCUACCCACGCCCGGGAGUCUGCCUCCAAUGAGUCGUGGCUGCAGGAGGUCGUACCGGCGCCUCCGGCUUCUCUCGCUCAGCUCGCCGACGACAGCGAGGUCACCGAUUCUGUUCCCAUCGGACGGCCCACCAUGGCGCCCAAGAACCGCUCUGAGAUUCUUGGCACCAUCUACCGGCAAGUGGAGCAGAAGUCACACGGACAGACGUCCAACAAGCUCUUUGGUGACUUCACGCGCCUGUACUUGUCUUCGCCGACUCCUCUGUUUACUGCUCCGGAGCUCGAGGCCAUCGCAAAGGCUGUGCAUGCCCUGGACCGUAACUCGAGCCGCAAGUUCCAGCGGCAAGCUCACGAGCGCUUCGAGACUGUCGUGAACGCUCUGCGUGACGUUGUCGGCGACCAGCAGCACGUUCCGCGCGGACUCGAGCUGUCUAUGCUCGUAUCCUCGACGAAGCACAAGCGGAGCGUGAAUCGGAGCGAGUUGAAGAAGGCGGAGCAUCAAUUCCUGCAGUCUUUUCGCUCUGCUCCCUCUGAUCCAGCUAGGAGGGAGCAGUACCGUCGGGGUCUGAACCACAUCAUGUACCUUGCCGCACUCUCGCGGCAGCCGGAACGUACCGAGUUCUGGUGGAACAAGAUGAUCGGCGAAGGCUUCGAACCGGACAGCUGGUCGUACAUGUCGCGCGUGCUGACGUAUGGCGCGAUGUACAACCGGACGGCGGCAUUCUUGGUCGAGCUCGAGCGUGCGCUGCCCAAGGUGCCGCGGAAAGAGGACAAGAUUGUGCUCGUCAAUCUCGCCAUCUGGCUCGCGGCGACCGCGAAGCGGAUGGACGUCGCCGGUGCCCUCUUCACCACCAUCAACCCACCAGAGGAGACGACAACGUACUCACAUGCUAUCGCCGAGCUGCCAAUAGGCCUCAUUGAAGAGCUGUGCGAGCUUCCGCCAAGCAAGCAAACGUUCUACCUCAUGCUUUCAGCGUACACCUACCACGGCGAUUUGAUCUCAGCCUUGACUACAAUGCAGCAGCUCCUUGCACGGGGCCAUCCGGCCGUCGUGGCCAACUACGUCUCGCUCUUCCGCGGCUUUUCGCGCUUCGGCAAGAUCCAUGAGGGCGAGGCCGGGGCUGCGUCUGAGCUCUUCCCACCGUUGAUCGAGUUCGCGUCCCAGAGCACGCUAUAUGAGAUUAAGCGGAGGCGUGCGACGGGCUUCUUCGACGCCAUACGCGGGAAGAGCAAGGUGGAGGAGGUGCCAAAUCACUGGACGCUGGAGGCGUUCGACCAGAUCUUCCAGAGCUUCCUGACGCUGGAACCGAGCAAGGAUGUACCCGGGCGGGGGGCGCUGACGGCGAAGGGUAUAUAUUUCGCUCUCCUCGCGUGGUCGCGCGUGACGAAUGGAGAUCUGCAUGCCGUGUGGCACGCAUGGGAGGCGCUAAGGGCCAAGUUCGGGCCGGACAACAAGGAAGGCUGGGAAGGAUGGGAGGAGGACAGGAGGCUGAGGCAGCUGGUACAGCGCCUCGAGAAGAAGAUCAGAGCAAGAGAGCAGGAGCAGGCUCUCGUGUAA